AUGUUAGCUAAAAUAUCAGGGAAUGCUUUCGAUUCACUGGAUAAGCUUGCAGUGCUACUUGUCGGCAACAGGUGCUUAAUAUACAUAUUCCAGGAUAAUCCUGAUCGAUAUUUCAUUCAGAACGUGGCCAUGUUCGAUGGAAUGUUUGAAAUUAACAACAGCUCAGCAUUCGCAACAAUUCGCUGAUUUCCUUGGAUACGCUCUUUCCCUCAACUCCCGCAUCUCGCGAUUGAUUAAUCGAGUACCCCAGAUACGUCCAAUCGCAGUUCACCUGUGUAAUGGGUCUAUUGAGAACUCGGAGCGGGUUCUACAAUAGGCGCAUGAUAGACCGAUCACGAAAAUUUCAUGCUCAAUCACAGGUGAACUGCGAUUGAUCUAUCGGGUGUACUCGAUUAAUCAAUCGCGAGCAUAUAUUGGUCAAUCAUACGUCAAUCGCGAGCCAUAUCACUAAUUGAUAAACCAGCGAGCGGCCGUGUACAAUUGAUGAAUCCGCGAGUCUCGCGGAAUGAUGCAUCAUUCGUCAACCAUUGAUCCCCACGUAUAAUGCCGCGUCCAAUGUCUCGGAAAAACCGUAAAAACCGCAGAUUUUGCUGUCCAAAGUCGGCCGAAAUUUGCGUGAAAAACGGGGGUGUGCACAGCUCAAUGAGUGUAACCGUACCUCUAAAACUACGGUAUUUUUUGAAAAUUUGUUAAUUUCUUGAGGUUUUUUGAAAAUAUUCAAAUUUUUUGCGCAAAUUUUCAAAAAAUACCGUAGUUUUAGGGGUACGGUUACACUCAUUGAGCUGUGCGCACCUCCGUUUUUCACGCAAAUUUCGGCCGACUUUGGACAGAAAAAUCUGCGGUUUUUACGGUUUUUCCGAGACAUUGGACGCGGCAUAAUUGACCAAUCGCGGUUUUUUACCUGUGAUACGUUUACCUGUGAUAGACCUAUCGCGAGCACUUUUUAGGGCAAAUGGGCCUAUGAUAGGCCUAUCAUAUGCGUAUUCGGGAAUUUUCGCGAUAGACGUAUUGUAGGCAAUUUUUUUUCUAUAGCUUUACCGGUACUGUUGAAAAAAAAGUUUCGACAUUGGAAUCGAAGCUGGCAGCGUGCCAAGGCCCGGCCUCCCAAACGCAUAUGCUGCGCGGGGUUGUUGCAACAUUGCCGCACGCUUUAUUGUUCUUCAUCUUUGUCUUUAUUUUUCGGCUAAAAAUCAGCAGAAAUUUGGUUUUUCUCAUUUUUCACCCGUAUUUAUUCAUUUCAAUCGUCUUUUGCUAUAAAAAAUCAACUUUGAAAACAGAUUUAUCGAUUUUUAGCUUGAAUUUUCGAACAUUUCUUGAUUUUGUGUUUUUCUCCUUUCGAUUUCGUUGAAUUUGAGAAUUUUCAGGAUUUCCGCCUACGGAAAAGUCGAACAAUUGACAUAUACACAUAAAACCUCAGUUUUGCAAUAACUACAUUUUUCAUAAAUGCUUACAAACUUUAAAACAAAACUUAAUUUUGCAGAGGACCGUCAGUGACAUGUGCAGACGCACAAUGGAGUGCAGUAUUUGA